AUGUCGCUGGAUUACGUGACCCUCAUUUCCUCAGACAAUCACAGAUUCGUAGUGCUCAAAGACGUGGCACUGAUUUCGCCGGUGCUCCGAAACUCCGAGGAGUUCCGUGAAGGUGAAACGGGCCAGAUCAUUCUCGACAUAGACGCGGAGAUUCUAGAGGUGGUGGUGGAGUAUCUCCAUUAUUCGCACAAGUAUAAAGACCAAGUGGACGCAUCUGUGGUUCCAGAGUUCAAGAUUCCGACGCAAUUGGCCUUGGAGUUGUUGGUCAAGGCGGACUUUUUAGAUCUUUAG